CUUAUGGCAAUUAAUAACAUUUCCAUUUCCGGUAUGUGAGGUCAAUGCAUGUUGGAAAACACGUGGAUGAGAGGUCAAGUUCAAAGUUAUAAAUACAAUGGCUGGUGUAGAUCCAAAUAUAAUUCAGGCGAAAAAUGAAGAUUAUUAUAAUUACAAAUCAUUUAUUGCAAAUUAUCACAAAGCAUUGCAGCUUUGCUUCAUGGAUUGUGUCCACUGACUUCACCACAAGGAAGGCCUCACCAGUAGAGACAUUUUGUGCAAGUAACUGUUUCCAGAAUUACAUUGAUGUAUCUAAGCGAGUUGACCUGAAAGCUAUCGAAUGGAGGAAAAGACAGGUGGAAGAGGCUGGAAAUGUAGAGAGCUGAUGAAAUAUUAACCUAGAAUUAAAAUAUCAUCUCAUUUAUCAGUGUCCAUAUUGGUGGAGAUCUGGCAGUGGAUUCCAGUAGACAUAGCAAUGUCACUUACCUAGAUCAAGUUAGAUGUUCUUAAAAGAUGCAUACAAUCAGAUAUUCUUAAAAGAUGCAUACAAUGUUUUUACUGAGUAAACUCUAUAGUAUUAACUUUGGUAAGGAUACAUGUGUUAAGAAUUAUGUGAGGAAUGGACAAUCAGAUAUAUCGCAUAACUUAGAAAAUGUUACAAAUGUAAUCUGUCAUAAAUUAUUACAAAUAGAAUUGGUCAGACACAGUCAACCUGUAACUUAGCAUGUCCCUUCUCAGUUCUCUGACAGACUUAAACUGAUGAAUUGAUAAGGUUAUUCCUAUUUAUCAUCUUUGUGAUUGUGUGAGAGUGAGUUGGAACGUUUAUUGUGACGUUUAAUUUUGUCAUUUUUGAAUAAAAUUAUAUUAAUAUGUUGAAAUUCAAAAA